AUGUUUGAUAUUACUUUGAUCAUUCUCACGGGAGCUUUAUCCAUACUGUUGUAUGGCAUUGUGACUAGUUGCGCCAACCCAUCGAGUCAUCAACAUGGCUACGAGCGUCCCGUUACUUACCGUCACAUUGAUCCGUUCUUUGGACUUGACCUAAAGCUGCAAGAAAUCAGAGAAUCUUUGAGAAAUAAAGGGAUCCCCUUUUUGUCCAAUCUUCACAAAAAGUACGGAAAAACAAUUUCGGUGAAUAACUUGGGUACUUUGGACAUACGAACCAUUGAAUCGGAAAACCUCCAGGCAGCUUGGUCUGCUAACAAUACCGACUGGGGCUACGAACCUUUUAGGCUCCCCGUCAUGGGACCUUUCUGUGGACGUGGAUUCAUUACCACGGAUAAUGAGUCGUGGCAGAAAGCUAGGGUUCUUCUUCGUCCGACGUUUAGCAAAGCGAAUAUCUCAGAUUUAAAACCUUUCAUAAGUUUAACGAAGGAGUUCUUCAAAGACAUUCCUGAGGAUGGUAACACAACAGUGGAUCUACAACCUCCCCUAGCAAGCCUUUUCGUAGGUACCUCCAUGAAGUUUAUACUAGGGAUUACUCUCAAACCCAGCACCGGUGAAGGACCCAAUGAAGUGGCUGCUUUUCUAAAAGCUUUCCAGAAAUCAUUCAUUGGCAUGGGUCUCUCAUUCAUGCUAGGCCCCCUGCAAUUCCUCAUUCCAAUAUCAUUGAAAAACGACGCGUAUAAAGAAGUUCAAGCAUAUCUUGACUCACUCAUUGACACGGAAUUAAACGCCGAAGAGUCGGCCCUCAAUGCUCAAGAAUCAAAUUCAAGAAGUCUCCUUCGAGGCCUUGUGAGGGAAACAGAUGAUCGAAUCGAGAUUCGUGACAAUGUUUUACAAGGGAUGAUGGCUGUUCAGGACACAACACCUGUUCUCCUCAGCAAUACGCUGUUUCUUCUCUCGCGAAACCCAAAGGUAUAUGAUAGACUACGAGAUGAAGUGCGGUCACUGGCUUUAGAACCAUCGCCGCAUUUGUACGACAGGUUGCGCGACCUGAAGUUUCUUCACAAUAUCAUUAAUGAAUCUCUCCGCCUCUUUCCGACCUUUCCAAUUCUUACUCGCAUCUCAUUGAAAGACACUUUCCUACCAAGAGGAGGGGGUAAAGAUGGCAACUCUCCAAUAUACAUUCCAAAAGGCACGAAGCUAUGGGCAAAUUUCUACGGCUUACAUCGUGCUGAAUCCGUAUACGGUCCCGACAUUGAAUCCUUCAAUCCCGAUAGAUGGGACUCUAUCAAGCCUAGCCCUUGGGAAUUUAUGCCUUUUGGAGGAGGACCACGCGCUUGCGUUGGUCAACAUAAGGCAUUGGCAGAGGCAUCGUAUAUGCUAGCAAGAUUUGCGCAACUCUAUAAGAAAAUAGAGAGUCGAGAUGCAAGAGCCUGGGCGGGUCAGCAGAAAUUGACCGCAAGUAAUGUGAAUGGAUGUAAGGUCGUCUGUGUACCAGCAUGA